AUGGGGUUCAACUUCAAGCGUGUCGUUGGGUUUAUAGCCCCCAGCGCAGACAAGGAGGAUGAUGGUCGAGACAAAUGGCCCUCACGUGCCGCUUUUGUUUUGGCUGCCAUGGGCGGCGCUGUAGGUCUCGGUAACCUUCUCCGCUAUCCCUCCGUCGUCUUCGCCAACAACGGUCUUCAAUGGUUCAUUCCUUACCUCAUCGCCCUCUUCUUCCUCGGUAUUCCUGUAUUAUGUCUCGAGAUCUGUAUCGGCCAGGCCUACCGCGGUAGUGUCGUCGUCGCCUUCAAUGGAAUCAAUAAGCGCACCAAGGGUGUCGGUCUGGCUGUCAUUAUGAACGGCUUUAUCGUCGCUACAUACUACGUCCCUAUCCUCGCCUGGAUUAUGCACUACUUCCGCUGCUCGUUCGAGAGCCCUCUGCCCUGGAGCGGUCGCGGACAAGAGUUUUACAUGCAGGAUGUCAUUGCCAACGUUGAUCCUGUGGCGCCUACCGGCUCUGGCUACGUCGACUACCCUGGUCGAGGCUUCGUCGGCGAGACUGUCGGCUGGGUCGCAUUUAUGUGGGUGCUUGUCUGGCUCUGCAUGUUCAAGGGCGUAGGAACAACCGGCCGAGUCGUCUACUUCACUAUGGGUCUCCCAGUCAUCAUGAUUAUUAUCAUUCUCGGCCGGUCCGUCUCUCUCCCCAAUGCCAGUACCGGUAUCAAGUACUACUUUGGCGAGUGGAACGGUGAAAAGCUCGGCGGUGGCCAAAUUUGGCAAGGAGCCUGUGGCCAAAUCUUCUUCUCCAUCGGUGUCGGUUUUGGUUACUUUACUUCUUACGCCUCAUACAACAGUAAACAUGCCAACGCUGUGCAAGAUACCCUCAUUAUCGCCAUCUGUAACUCUCUGUACGAAAUUGUUGGCGGUUUUGCAGUUUUCGGCGUCAUUGGUUUCCUCGGUUACUCUCCUGAGGACUCGAACAUCUCACUCAGCACCUUCACCGUAGGUUUUCUGACGUACCCUCUUGCGCUGGCCGAGAUGCCCGGUGCCAAUGUUUGGGCCGUUCUGUUCUUCCUCACAUUGGCUGUUCUCGGUCUGAGCUCUGCUUUUGCUCUUAGCGAAUCGCUCGUUACACUCAUUUGCGAUUCAGGUGUCGGUCGAAAGUACUCUCGAGUUUUGAUCACUUCUGUCGUCAUUCUCAUCUCAUUCCUUCUGUCUCUCAUUUACUGCACCAAGUUCGGAUUCUAUCUUCUUGAUGCUGUUGACACUUGGAUUAACAACUUGUCCCUCAUCUUCGUUGUUUGGUGCGAGUGUGUUGGUGCUACCACUCUCUAUCGUUACACUGAUGUUAUUGGACAAAUAGGCUGGACUGGAUACCUGGUUUACAACUUUGGAUAUGUCUUGUCUAUGAUUCUUGGUGUGGCUAUCGGACAUGCUGUGAGCCCUGCGGCCGGUGCUGGCGUUGGCUUUGGUAUCUUCAUCGCUUCCAACAUUCUGGGCAUCUUGCUUUCUAAGUCCCCCGACUCUCGACCUCCUGGAUUCUUCGGCAAGAACAACGCUCUUUCUAAGAUGUGGUGGUUCUCCUUCUACUCGUUCAACCAGCUUCGACGUGACCUCAACAUUGUUGUCGCAGGCGGCAAGCGAUGGAACAUUCCCAUCUUCUGGGGCUUCGUCCUCCGUUAUAUCUCCGCCCCUAUCCUUGCGAUUAUCACAUCCUUCGCCUUCCCUCUCUUCUACACCAAGCGAAACGACCCCCUGCACAUCUUUGCCUUCGCAUCUGCUAUUGGCGUUAUGUGCAUUGUCGGUUUCGGCUUUGUCGUUCCUCGCUGGCUCGACGUCUUUGUGCCUCCCGAGAAGCGCCACCUCAGCGAAACUUUCUACGCGCCUCAGGUUGUCAUGGCGCCUCUCGAGGUUCACCGCGAUGAGGUCAUCGAACACGGGGCUGUGGCCGGGGAGAGCACCGGUGCUGCGCCGUACCCCGGCAAGAAGACUGAAGCGAAUAGUUUUUAA